AGACACAGUUUAGCUCGGCCAAUGGCGGGAGGUGUUGUUGCUUUGUGUGGUGAUUAGAGGAGAUAAGCGGCGGGCUGUGCUAGUGCUUCCCCGUGCCUGUUCAGCAGAGGCAGUAGCAGCAGGCUAAGAGAGGCCCGGCCUGUGUGUGACCUGUCCUCUGUACGGCCUGUGUGUGACAGACAUGAGAUCGCUGCUGGCCAGGCUGGCCCCCCUCACCCCGUUCCUCCGGCGCUCCAUUGUGGACAUGUCCUACUCACACCACUUUGUGGAUUUCCAUGGCUCUGCUAUCCCCACCGCCAUGAAAAAGCUGCUGGUCACCCAGCUCAGCCCUGACUUCAGGAAGGCGGUCACUUUAAUGCCCAGUGUGCCUGUGCCAAUCCCAGGGGAUGGAGAUCUCCUCGUCAGGAACCGAUACGUUGGCAUCAAUGCAUCAGACAUCAACUUUUCAUCUGGAAGAUAUGAUGCCUCUGUGAAGCCUCCAUUCGAUAUUGGUUUUGAAGGCAUUGGAGACGUUGUAGCCUUGGGACUGAGUGCUAGUAAAUACUUUGCAGUAGGCCAGCCGGUUGCUUAUGUCCAAAAUGGCUCUUUCGCCGAGUAUACAGUUGUGCCAGCUAAAACAGCUAUUCCAGUUCCUUCAGUAACACCUGAAUUCCUAACUUUUCUCAUCAGUGGCACAACAGCUUACAUCAGUCUUAAAGAGUUUGGGAAUCUGAGCAAAGGAAAGAGAGUUUUGGUGACGGCUGCAGCCGGUGGAACAGGACAAUUUGCUGUGCAGCUUGCAAAAAUUGCAAACUGCUAUGUUAUUGGGACAUGCUCUUCUGAAGAAAAAGCAGGAUUCUUAAAAUCUAUUGGCUGUGAUCUCCCGAUCAACUAUAAGGCAGAAAAUGUUGCUUCUGUCAUAAAGGAAAAAUUUCCAGAGGGAGUAGAUGUUGUGUACGAGUCUGUUGGUGGAGAAAUGUUUGAUUUGUCUGUAAAAUGUUUGGCCACCAAAGGUGACCUUAUAAUAAUUGGCUUUAUCUCAGGGUAUAAAACCCCUCUAGGUAUUUUGCCUGUUAAAGAAACAGCCCUACCUGCAGUAUUGCUAAGAAAAUCUGCUAGCAUCCAUGGCUUUUUCUUGACCCAUUAUCUGUCGGAGUACAAGGAAGCCAUUAUGUCUUUGGUAAAAUUGCACCAAAGUGGGAAGCUAGUUUGUGAAGUGGACAAUGGAGAACUAUCUCCAGAAGGCAAGUUUACUGGCUUGGAGUCUGUUUUCCGUGCUGUAGAUUAUCUGUACACAGGGAAAAACAUUGGGAAAAUUGUAGUUGAAUUACCUCACCUUGUCAACAGCAAGCUGUAAAAACAGAACAAUGAUAUAAAUCACAAAAGUUAACGGUACUUUCUGCCUGGAAACUCUAAAACAUGUUAUAGCUAUUGGAGAGCAUAUUAAAACAGUGCAAAGGUGUUGGUAAAACGUUUUCAUUGCACAAAAUAAAAAAGGCACUUAUUUAGGCACUUCAUUGUUUCAAAAUUAACCUUAUCAAUGCCAUAAACACAAAAAGUUUCCAGUAAAGAGCUUUCAUUCUAUUGAUCUGCAUAAUAUAAUGUUCAUUCAUGUUUAAUUGUCGAAUAAAGAAUGUAUUUUUUUAUUGAA